AUGUCCAGAGUAGCCGUGGGGAAAGGCACAGAGCCAGAGCCAGACAGCUCAGAGGAGGAGCUGGAAGCGGGGGGCACACCCCAGGCAUGCUGUGGGCAGAGUCUGUGGGUCCCCCAGGGCAGGGAAGCAGCCGCCUGCCUGGGGGACACCGAAGGGAUGAAGGUGAGGAAGAGGAGCAGGCCGGUGCGCUCCAAGGCCAGGAGGAUGGCUGCCAACGUCAGAGAGCGUAAGAGGAUUCUGGACUACAACCAAGCUUUCAACGCCCUGCGCCUGGCCCUCAAGCAUGACCUCGGUGGCAAAAGGCUUUCUAAAAUCGCCACCCUCCGGCGAGCCAUCAACAGGAUCACGGCUCUGUCCCUGUCCCUGCACGGCGCCGGGUGCUGCUGGCCCUGCGCCCACUCCGAGUGCCACGGCCGGGCUGGGGUCCCCAUGCAGGAGCCAGGGGUGAAGGGCAGCCGCCCCCAGCUCCCCUGGGAGCCCGGUUCUGCAGGCACACGCUGCCCUCCGUCUCCUCUCUGCGCUGAGUUCUCCCCUCAGAGGCAGCUCCAUCACUACGAGAGCCCAAAGGAGGAUCACUCCAUGCCCAGCCCUGCCUGUUGCUCCAGUGGGAACCCCCACCCUGCGCUCCGGGGCACCCGCCAGCAGCGACACACGGGCAGCCUGCAGGACCCCCUGGCCGGGGCAAUCCCCUGGCAGCUGGGCUACUGCCAGAGCUGGGGACACCAGCAGUGCCUCCCCAUCCACUGACCUGCAGGGCCGGGGUGGCAAGAUGGUGCCAGGAAGGUAAUGGAUCCAUGGGACAAGUGGGGGGAGCGGGAAGGGAGUGUUGGAUGAGAGAGAAGCACUGCAGGAUGUGGAGCUUGGCUGCAAUGCUGCUGAGAGCUGGGAACCCCCAACAAGCUGUACUGGACCCCAGCGCUGCCCAGGUCUCUACUCUGUGGGAAAACUGUGGAAUGUAGGAAGUCCUCUGGAAGUGCCAGCUCUCUGUUUCUUGUGAGUUCUCACUGUUGCUGAUUGCCACUGUUAUUUAUUCUCUCUCGCUUGCUCUGUGAGAAAAUACGAAUUACAAACC